CAGAACCGAGAGUCUUAGCGUGACCUCUAUUGCAGUUGAAAACACAGCGGAGCUGCUUGUGAAUCAGUUAAGGAUCAGUGGAGAUGCUAAGUUAGAAGUGCAUGGGGUCUAAAUUUUACUUGUCAACACAGUGCUCUCAAAUAACAGCAACGUAAGACAGGCUUAUGUGCUCCGUGCCGCUGGAUUUCCGACUCGGGAGCUCAGAGUGUCAGCCGGCGUUGAGAUCUAUCACUGCACUGCACCAUCAAUAUGGGUGUGAUCAGUGUGCAACUGGUGGUUACCAUGGUUAUGGCCAGUGUGAUUCAGAAGAUCAUACCCCACUUUUCGUUUGCACGAUGGCUCCUCUGCAGUGGCAGUCUGCGUUGGUACCAGCACCCAACAGAAGAUGAGUUGAGGACUUUGGCUGGAAAACAGCAGAAAGGAGCCAAGAACAAAAAAGACAGGAAAUACAAUGGGCACUUAGAGAACAAGCCGUUGACCAUCCCUAAAGACAUUGACCUGCAACUGGAGACCAAGUGCAUUGCAGAAGUGGACACUCUGGCGCUGCAUUACUUCCCUGAAUUUCAGUGGUUGGUGGACUUCACAGUUGCGGCCACAUUAGUUUAUCUCAUCACUGAGUUGUACUUUUGCGUGGUUGAGUCCAGUGAGGAGAUGAACAUUAGUGUGGUGUGGAGCCUGCUAGUCUUAGCCUUUGUUGUGAAGAUCCUUUUUUCCCUCACGGCUCACUACUUCAGACUAGAGGAGGGUGGUGAGCGUUCCCUCUGCAUCACGUUUGCCGCCUUCUUCUUUGUUAAAGCCAUGGCUAUUCUUAUAGUCACAGAAAACUACCUGGAAUUUGGUCUUGAGACAGGCUUUGCUAAUUUCUCCGAUAGUGCCAUGCAGUUUCUGGAGAACCAGGGCCUUGAAUCUCAGGGUCCCAUAUCCAAACUGACCUUUAAGCUGAUUCUGGCACUGAUAUGCUCUCUCAUUGGAGCCUUCCUCACCUUCCCUGGCUUGCGACUGGCCCAGAUGCAUCUUGAUGCCCUCACACUUAACAACUGCAAAGUCACACAGACUUUACUGCAUAUCAACUUCAUGUCUCCGUUAAUCAUGGUCCUGCUAUGGGUGAAGCCCAUAACCAAGGAUUGCCUCAUUAAUCCCACAUUUGGGAAAGAUGGUGUGCCUUUAAUGUCUGAGAAGGCGUAUGACACACUGCGUCUCUGGGUGAUUUUACUUCUGUGUGUGCUUAGACUAGCCAUGAUGCGACACCAUCUCCAGGCCUACCUCAACCUGGCUCAGAAGGGCGUCCUGCAGAUGAAAAAGGAAGCAGGACGGAUUUCUACAGUUGAGCUCCAAAAGAUGGUCGCCCGAGUUUUUUACUACCUGUGUGUGAUAGCUCUACAGUACGUUGCACCUCUGGUGAUGCUUUUACAUACUACCUUGCUGCUAAAGACAUUGGGUGGAUACUCGUGGGUGGUUUACCCCGAAGAAAGUUUGCCCUGUCUACCAAUUGAAGACUUUAACCCCGCUGAGGCGGGACAAGCAGAGAUGCAAGCCGCUCAAGCUGUGGCCCAGUUAUCCGUUGCUCUGGGGGGGCUUAGGACUGUAUUCACCCCUUUGCUGUUUAGAGGCAUCCUGUCAUUUUUCACUUGGUGGAUUGCUGCCUGUCUGUUUUCCACCUCUCUCUUCGGCCUCUUUUACCACCAGUACCUGAUGGCAGCGUAACAUCUGGAUAUUGUGGCGCACCCAAGGGUCCGGGCUUCUCCGACUGAACUGUGCAACAUGUGGCACAGCAUUCCCCAUUCUUACAACCGUAUCAGCAGAGUUCUUUUCUGCUGAAUUUCCUCUAGAGACUUUUUGUGGUUAAGUUAUUCAACUUGCCAAAUACAAACACAACAAUUGGAAUAUUAAAGUCACUGUUUUUCCAGACAUGCUGAAUUUUAUACACGCCAGUCCGUGGAGGAUGGCCUCUGGGGUAGAUCUUAAAAACAUUACUGAUUUAUUAGGGUGAUGGCCUAGAACCAGCAGAAGUUUGAAAGGUUUAAAGAAGUCUUACUUUGCAGGAACAUUGAUCUUGGAUAUAGGGUAUUGUAUAUUUUAGAGUUCCAAAUGGAUGCGAGAUAAGAUUUUCAAAAGAGACAGAAUUGUUGUAAAGUGUGCUUUUUCUUAAAUUGUUUUAACUUCUCCAAAGUAGAAACGUGACUCUGCCGUAGGGAAGGAUUUCACUGCUGAUAUGUGAAAAGAAAACAGUGUUUUAGUCAAGCAUAAGUGUGAGGGGUGUGACUGAAGAAAAGUAUGUAUUAAAGAUGUAUUUAUUUGUCCAUUUCAGACAGACUGAAGCCAGCUCUCUUACGAGGAGCAUUUAGUUUGACUCUUAAAAGACUGAGAGCUAAUUUAAGUGCGUGUGCAUAUGAAUGAGUGAUGGUUCGUGUCAACAUCAGUGCCUGCGGGCUCCAAGUGACUCCUGCUGCUUAUGGGUAUAAAUCUAAAAAGGCAUUUUGAUCAAGCAUAGAAGCUCACUUACAUAAAAAAGUCUAAAGCAGUAGCCGCUGCUCUUCUUAUACCCAUCCCUGUUAUUUAACCAGGUCAAAUAUUUCACUUUGAAUUUUGGGUCCAGUGACAUCAAAUAGAUCCUGCAAGCAUCCUCCUUGUUUCUGUAUGCGGUGUACUGAUUUUCUGUCAUAGAUCAAAUAACAGGAUUUAAUUUUGUUUCAUGUGCCAAGUAAUCCCAAUUAAGUACAUACAAUACUUCCUACACAAAAUCAGAACCGCAUACACAAAAACACUGAGCAUAAAAGGCCAAAUCAGAAUAUGGGGCUUGAUCAAAAAAACUUGUGUUUUACUUUCAAUCCACUCUAAUAUUGUGGGAAUUGGGCAAGACAUUACGAAUAUUGCACAGGGGCAGAUCUAAAGUCAUUUUUAGCAAGUGUUAUCCUACUGUAAGUCUUAUUUUCACUACAUUUAGAAUUUUUAGAGGAUAUGCAGACAAUGAAUGUAUCGACCCUAUGUGAUUUGCAAUUGUAGUUACAACAUGUUACUUUUGAAAAAUGAUUUUAUUUGAACAAAUCUACACUUGGGGCCACAAAUAAAUAAGUAUAGCAAAAUAUGACACAAUAUUGGCUUUCGACAGUUGACCGAUAAUAGUUAAAUUACAAAUGUGAUUUCAAGUGCAUUUAUAUUGUGAACGACUGUCAGUUAUAAUAAACAGCACACCUAACAAUAAUUUUUUGUUAAUAUAGCUUGACCAAACAUCAGUUUUCCUGUUGUUUGCUUUGUUGAUUAUCAAGCUGUGAUGAUUGAUGGACCCAAAAGAGUGUUCAUUUUAGCUGUAAACAUUCACAACCUUUGAUAAUUGUAAGCUGGGCCAUUUUAGUUUUACAACCUCUAGGGUUUUGUCCUGUGCCUAAAGUUGAUUAUUUACCUUUUUUUCCCCUAGACAAAGCAAGUGACCAAUAUGAACUAAAACUGUGUUAAUCUUACUAAAUAUAUGACCCCUUUAAGUUAUUUUCAAUGAUCAUGUCUUUAAACAUGUCUAACUUUAAUGCCAAAUAACAGUUUGUUAGGCUCAGAACAAAUCCGUAUUAAAUUGGGACAUAAAAGACAAAUCAUUUUUGUUUUUUGUUGUUUUCUUAUUGUUUUCUUAUUUCUCUAUAGGAAAAUACCUGGGAUGUUGUUUUAAAAUCUGUAAGCCUAAACAUUUUCGUCUUGUUUUAAUGUAUUUUAGGUACUUAUGAUCUUUAUUUAUUACAUUUUCAAUUUGUUUAAUAAAUGAUUGUAAAGAAAGAAUCUA